AAAAAAUUCCGCAUCCCACAUGUAAACAGAAAACAAAUUUCAUAUUUUUCUUUUAAACAUUUUUUUUAAAUUAAAAAAAAGUGAAUUAUAUUUAUUUAUCAUGGAAAAAUUAAACGAAAACUCCGAAAAACAAUUAAAAGACUGGUGUCAACAAUUAAAAACUGGUAACACUCAAAAUUUAAUCGACACGCUGCAGGACAUAUCCAAUUCCUAUCGACCUGGAAAUGAAGAUCAAUUAAAUCAAAUUCAAUGUCAUCUACGUGAUUUGAUCACUCGCUCAAUAUCUGGACGCUGUGCCAGUCAAGUUAUCCUCAAUUCAAGCUUACGCACUUAUUUUCACAUUCUCCAUCGAUCUCACUCGGUUGACACUUAUUUCCAAAAUCUCGAUGUCAAUCAUAAACAAGCUCCAUUUAUUCUUUAUGCAAUGUUAAGUACUGAUUAUCAUAAAUGUCUUAAACAAGAUUAUUUACAAGACAAAUGUCUUGAAGCUCUUCAAAGAGCAAUUGAGUCUAAUUUCUCACAUUUGGUCCCAGUUUUAAGGGCUUUAAAUCUUCUCCAUAAAAAAUACACUGUCCCACAGUUGGACAUUUCCUUGGAAAAGAUUUACUCUUGCAUGCAAAGCAAUCGGCUUGGUGCUCGCGAUGAAGCUUUGAUUCUUUUUCGCUAUUCCACUUUGGGUCUUCAAGAGUCUGUGGAACUCUUUAAUUUGAUUAUAAACUAUUGGCCUUGGACAAAUAAAAAUAAAUACUAUUUACUCUCUGUCAUUUUGACUACCCACAAUCUCAAGGUCAUUUCGAAACAAUGUAGUUUCAAUGAAGAAGAUUUCUUCAAUGGUUUGCGAUUGGGUCUAAGCUAUAAAAGCACCUUUUCUGCAAGUCAAAGUCUUGUUAGAGCUCUCUCGAAACAACACAGUCAUGAACUCUUGGAACUGUCCAUUGAAAUCCUUAAAAAUGGUACAGAGAGGGAAAUUGUAAAUUUCCAUACUCAAUGGUUUACUCAUAUCAUCCAAAAAGAUGAACUCUAUCGAAUGCUCCAACUCGAGGAUUCCAAGGAGAUCUCAUUUCGAUAUAUAUUCCUUGUUUGCAUCUUUUCCAAACAGAUUAUACUUGCUUCCAAGGAACUAGAUGAAUUGGCAGUUUUCUUUCGAGAGAAUUGCUUCAUUCUAACAAUGGACACUCAAAUGUAUGUGUUCAAAUUCUUUGUUGACAAUUUGGCUAGUUUGGAAUUUCCAAGUUCGUUGGAGUUUCUAAGUGAAUUUAUUGAAAUGCAUCGAUGUACUGAAUGUCCUCAAGUGAGGCAUACAAUUUUGGGAAAGUUUCCUAUAAUAUUUAAUUUUAUAGCAAAAAUGUUUUGUACAUCGAAGGGAGAGAAUCGCCAACCAGUUAGAGAUUUCUUUCGGAAGCUCUUUAUACUGAUUUCGAAAGAUAUGCAGAAUGCUCUUUAUCAGCCUUUGAUAUUCUCUCUUAAAGCAAUGGAUAGAAUAUUACAGAUUCUCUUCUCGUCGAGUAGUAAAAAUGUCUCGAAGGCUUGUAAACUAGAACAGAAUAAGGAAUUGGGAGAGUUUCUUGUGAGUGAGAAGAUAUUCGAUGUUGGAAUAAUGAGUAGAACUGCAUUUGAGGUUCUUAAUUCACCGGAAUGUUAUGAUGAUGCUCGGGAAUUGGUGGUUAAUAUAAUCAAACAGUUGAAAGUGCAAAGUCUUCGAGAUGCUUCUCGAAGAUGUGCCGAAUGCAGUGAGAGUAUCGAGAUCGACGAAGUAGCACAAUGUUCCAUCUUUGCUAGAUUAUGCAUUCAUUGUAGUCAUUACGAUGGACAGACAACAGAAUACCCAAAAGAAUUGCUCAACUAUAGCUUUCGAAGAGUUCGUGAAAUCCUUAAAGUACUGGAAUUAGAUCCACUUAAUGUUUGUAAAAAUGAAGGACAUAUCUUUGGACAUAUGAGUGUUAUUAAUGAAGUUCUACAAGAAGAGAAUAGUUCACUUGGUGUGGAUUAUGAGGAUUUGUUGAAAAUUGUUGAAGAUGUUAUUUCAUUGCAUUUGAAAUUGUUGAAUGCUGCAGCUAAAGAAGGUAGUUCAGCGGCAAGUUUUCAAGUUAUGGAUGAGAGUUUGCAAAUGCUUAUUGACAAAUCGAUUUAUGAACGGAAGAAUGAUGAUGGGUGCAGGAAGUUUUUGAUGUUGUCAUUUUGGAUGGCUUUGAAGACAUCUUGUGAAGUUGCAACAACAAUCGGUCGCAUUCUUACAGACCAAGCUGAAGCAGAUCCGAAAAUUUUAAAAAUGGUUGAAAAAUGCUUAAAUGUAAGUGUAACAGUUCUACUUCGCUGCAGACAUAAGGGAGCCAUCGAAGCAGCUGGCGUUACUUUAGGUAAACUUGUUAAACUACUAACAUCCCACUCAGAUGAUUCCAAAUGCUAUGGAAUUGUAUACAAAUGCUUGGAUUUGUUAUUUGAAAAAGUAAAUCAAAUAAGCACAACCCGACGAGGAGCUGGACUUACAAUAAUGUUUCUACAUCUCGUAAAGAAUGAAGUGAGACGAGAACGCCCUCUAACCCAUCGAGCAGUUAAAAUGCUAAUAAAUCGAAUUGAAAACGCAGAUGAGCCUACAUCAUCUAACGAAGUUAAAAAUACAUAUCAAGAUGAAUCUGAACAGAAUUUCGACAGUGUUCAUGCUCUGGUUCUACAUUAUCUUUGUGUGGUUGUGAAGGAUACCGAACUACGUGACACAGUUUCCGAAUACUAUGAUGAAAUAAUGAUGGCUGCUGUGUUGAGAAUUGAUAAUCCUGAAUGGACUAUAUGCAAUGCAGCAUUGCAGUUAUUUGGAGCACUUGUUCCGAAAAUUGUUGGACAAAAACAGGCAACGGAGAUGGUCAUUCCAGUUUGUUGGGAACCAACCGAAGUUACAUUCCUAGAAGUUAACUUAAAACUACCACGCACAUGUGAACAUAUCUUAAGUACUUGCUGCAGUGUGGGCAAAUCAAAUGUAUCAACAAGGAAGCUUAUUCUAUUCCUGGAAUUCCUAUCCAAUGUUGAACAUUUGAAGAAAGGUGAACAAUCAUUAUCGCCAAUGUUAGAACGGUUUAGAGAGCUAUUUUGGUCUUUACUUUCUCAUGAAUGUGAAAAAGUUCGAAAAUUGGGUGCCACAUGCUUUGUCCGAGCGCACGAAUUCCGUGAGGAUCUUCCAGUUGUUCUUCUACAGUUGGCCGAAAUUAUCUUCAAGGUUCGCAACGAGAACUUUUUCCAGGGCCUCUUGUUCGCCAUCAACGAAGGUAUUCACAAAAUCGACGUCGAAUGGAAAUACACAAGUGAACAGAGUGUUGAUGAAUUUUUGGAAAUUUUACGAAACACAUUCCGAGCAUCUUACCAAUAUCGAUCGCUUAGCUUCUAUACACGGGCAAUUCUAAUGGAUUUUUUCCUUCUCACUGGAAUGGAUUUCAAAGAGCAUUUAGUUAAGGAAAUUGUACAAAAAGAACAGACUGUAAAACCGAAUGAAAAACAAUCAUUUGGUUUUGAUUUGUGGCGUGAAAAAGUUUUGGAAAUCAAAGCCUGAGCUUAUAAAGUUUAUCAUUUGAAUUGAAA